CUACUACGAGCUGUCAGCAAUAUGUGUGUCAUUUUAUUUGACGUUCGGAUGUUGAUUUAAAAAAUAACAGUCGCUGAGUGCUUACAAUGUGUAGACCCUGAUUUCGUGUCUUUACUUGCUUAAAAGAAAAAGCCCAUCGUGCCAAAAACGGAGCUGGCACAACCGAACGGUAAGGAGCGGGCUCCCCGGCCAGCCCGUGGGCCUUCAGAAGGCGCUGCACGGGGAAAUGUCCCCUACAACUGGGAAAGCUGGGCUCUUCCGAGCAGCGCAGCUCCCGGCAGCGCAGCAGCCGUCCUCCCCAGCCCCUCUUCUGUGGCCCUGCAUCAUCUCGGCGUGCUCGGAGCCCGUUUUCUUCCACGCAAUUCCGCGUUAGCGGCGCACAACCAGAUCGUGAACUUCACGACUCUUAACCCUUUCCGUGCGCGGCUGAAAAAUCCGGGCAGGGGCUGCUGGCGGCCGGGGAAGGGCGCGGUGGGAGCGAGCGGCAGCGCCGAGCGGAGCGGCUUGCAAAUGAACGUGACUCCGAGCUGAAGUGCAAAUCCGUGGGCACGCGUUCACCUUCGCUCAGUGCUGGAGAGUUGCGUGCCUCCCCCCACGGCCGCUCUCUGCCCACCAACGCCCAUUCCUUCCCUGCGCGGUGUCUACGUGGAGAAACGAAAGGCAGUGCCCACGACCCUGACCCGGUGCCACCGGCCCUGCCCGCCCCGUGGCUCUGCUCCCCGCUCUCGGCUGUCGGAUCCAAGCGAUGCUUCCUCGUGCUUCCCCGACCCAGAGCAGCACCGUUUCGGAGCUGCGGGAGCACAUAGAGGUGCUCGCUGCAUCACCCGAGACCCGAGGAGUUAGUUCAGCAGUGGGAACUCAUUCCCUGGCUCUACACCGAGUGUUCCACGUACACAGCAAAGAGGUUCACCCCAGCCCGUACCAAUCCAUACGUGUGCAGCAGGGCCUCCCCGCCAUGCGCCCACUGCCAGAAGAGUAGCAGAGGAGUCUGAAAUGCAGAGGGAAGGCGAGAGUGAGAUGGGUGAAGCCGAACAGUAAAAAUGAAAGGAGAAAAUGGAAAAGAUAAUAAUAAUAAAAGAAAAAGAAAGAAAGAAUGGAAGGAAGGAAAGAACGGGGGAGGAAGGAAGAAAAAAAAAAAACAACUAGGAGAGUAAUAAAUCAUGAAAUAAACAGGAAUUUCGGUCCCUUCCUCAUACCGGCCCGCGAGUAGGAAGUGUUUUCGCAGUGCUGUUGUUUGUGUCCUCAGCGGGCCGAGCUGCGGGCUCCACUCUAACUGUGUGCGUUUUCUCCAGAUUCCGACACAGCACCUUCCCUCUCUCGGAGGAGCAGAAAGGCGCAGCACGGCGCGGGCAAGAAUCCCCCCUUCCCAGCGGGUUUCCUCGGCAGCUCGGAGUGUGAUUAGCAAGCCAAGGCUGUUGGAUGUAUUUAAACACCCUGCCUCUCAUUGAUUAAGAAAUGAAUGGCAGAAAUCACUCGGAGGAGCAGCCCCAGUUUAGCGGAUUGAUUUACUCGCAGUAUUGGUAAAUAUGAUCACGUGGGCUCCGCAACCAAUGGUUGAGGGUUGCAGUCUGCAAAAUACUACGAUUGUUCUCAGGGAGGGUAUCAUAUACAGUUAACAGUGUAACCUUUUAUAUGAGUAAGAGGGGAGCCUAAAAUGUCGUCUAGUGGCACCAUAAGUAACUAUUAUGUCGAUUCUCUCAUAGGCCAUGAAAGCGAAGAAGUUUACGGGAGUAGAUUCGUCCAGGGGGGUCACAGUGCGACCUCCAGGCCAUCAGGUGUGGCAGAGAAUUCCGAUUUUUCCUCCUGUAGCUUUGCACCAAAAUCCACCGUGUUCUCCACCUCUUGGUCCACGGUUCACCCGCAGCCGCCCGCGGCCAUGACCGGGAUCUACCACCCCUACAUGCACCAGCCCCACUUAGGGGCAGCCGACGCCGGCCGCUACGUGCGCUCCUGGAUCGAGCCCUUCCCGGGCUUCCCGGGCGGCGGCGGCGGCGGAGGCGGCGGCGGCUCCGGCUCCGCGUCCGGCUCGGGCUCGGGCUCGGGCUCGGGCUCCUCCGCCGGGCGCCACUACGGGAUAAAGCCGGAGACGGGAGCAACCGCCUCCUCUUCUUCCUCCUCCUCCUCCUCCUCCUCCAAAAGGACUGAGUGCUCCUCGUCCCGAGAGUCCCAGGGGAUCGCCGUGCCCGAAUACACGUGCGGCGCUUUCCUGCCGGAGCCCCGAGAGAAGGCGGCCGCCGGCAGCGCCAAGGAGCCCGCAGCCUGCAGCCACAGCCCCGGCCCCGGCGGAGAGCCGAAGGAGGAGAAGCAGCAGCAACUUGACCCAAAUAACCCCGCGGCAAACUGGAUCCACGCUCGUUCAACGAGGAAAAAGCGUUGUCCUUACACUAAGUAUCAAACUCUGGAACUGGAGAAGGAGUUUCUCUUUAAUAUGUACCUCACCCGCGACCGCAGCUACGAAGUGGCCAGGCUCCUCAACCUCACUGAGAGACAAGUCAAAAUCUGGUUUCAGAACCGAAGGAUGAAAAUGAAGAAAAUGAACAAGGAGAAAGGCAAUAAAGGAGACUAACGCCGGGGUGGGAAUGCGGCCGGGGAACGCUGCUCUGGGGCUGAGGUUGGGGCUGUAUUUUUUUAUUUGUAUUUUUAUUUUCGGUUCGGUCGGGUUUUAUGCUUCCCCUGCCCCCUCGGCCCCGCGUGCGUCUCUCCUCCCCCCCAGCCCACCCCACCCC